AAGCCAGGGCACAGACAGGGGGCCAGGGCAGAGAAGACAGAGGGAACAAGUGGUCAAGGCAGAUAGGCACCUGGAGAGGGGGUCAAGUGCGGGCAGAGCUUCCUAGCCCAUACCUGGAAGAGGUCGUUGCUGUGUAGCGGGGUCCAAGGAGCAUCGGCCCAGUGCCCGGAGCCCCCACGUUAGUGUAUCUCUGCUGUGGCUUGAGGCUGUGUCUCUGGGAGUCCCUGAUAAGGGCUCACUCCCUCUUUCUUGAUAAGCUCCAGUCCUGAGAUUGAAAUAGGGGCUGGAACUCACUGCACCCUAGCAGUCAUGGGACCCAGGAUAGGGCCAGUGGAUGUGGAGCCCCAGGUGCCGGACAAGGACAACAAGGCUAUGAUGGGCACAGGAGACACACCUGGAGACAAAGUCAGCCCAGACUCUCAGAACUUGCGGACAAGUGUGUUCCACAGCAUCAAGUUCUUCGUCCUGUGCCACAGUUUGCUGCAGCUGGCCCAGCUCAUGAUCUCCGGCUACCUCAAGAGCUCCAUCUCAACGGUGGAGAAGCGCUUUGGCCUCUCCAGCCAGACCUCGGGGCUGCUGGCUGCCUUCAAUGAGGUGGGGAACACAGCCUUGAUUGUGUUUGUGAGCUAUUUUGGCAGCAGAGUACAUCGACCCCGACUAAUCGGCUGUGGGGCUAUUCUUGUGGCCCUGGCAGGCCUGCUCAUGACUCUCCCACACUUCAUCUCGGAGCCGUACCGCUAUGACCACACCAGCCCCGACAUGUCACAGGACUCGGAGGCUUCCCUGUGCCUGCCCACAACCUCGGCCCCAGCCCCCUCCAAUGGCAGCAGCUGUUCAAGCUACACGGAGGCCAGACAUCUGGCCGUGGUGGGGAUGAUGUUCACGGCACAGACCCUGCUCGGCGUGGGCAGUGUGCCCAUCCAGCCCUUCGGCAUCUCCUACAUUGAUGAUUUUGCCCACGACAACAACUCGCCCCUUUACCUCGGGAUCCUGUUUGCAGCGACGAUGAUGGGGCCAGGCAUGGCCUAUGGGCUGGGUGGCCUCAUGCUGCGCCUUUAUGUGGACAUUGACCGAAUGCCAGAAGGUGGUAUCAGCCUGACUUCGAAGGACCCCCGAUGGGUGGGUGCCUGGUGGCUGGGCUUCCUCAUCUCUGCAGUCGCCGUGGCCCUGGCUGCCACCCCCUACUUCUUCUUCCCCAGGGAGAUGGCCAAGGAGAAAGAUGAGCUUCACUUCCGGCGAAGGGUCCUGGCAGUUGUCAGCAAAGUCCCAGUGAGGAUGGAGCAGGAGCAACGUGCUGAGCCAGUGCCUGGCAUACAUGGAAUCUCCAUUCUGCUAGGCCCCUGGGCUCCCAGUGUGGACCCUCUGUCACCUCUAAGCCAGCAGCAGUCUAAGAGCUUGCUUGCAGCAUGA